GUCCGUCCGAAACCAUUUGAAGAGAUCUGUUCUAAUGGAGGUGCAACAGAGCACUGUACAGCAGCAUCGGCUUACUAUGAAGUGUGCUCGAAUGCAGGCGUCGAUACGUCACUACCGUCGGAUUGCGUAAAGUGCGAUAAUGGGCUGAAUUUGGGCGAAGAACGGAAAGUCGAGAAGCCGCCCACUGAACGCGACGUUGUGUUUGUCGUGGAAGAAAGCAAAUGUUUGGAAAUAAAGUGCGAUAAUGGGCUGAAUUUGGGCGAGGAACGGAAAGUCGAGAAGCCGCCCACUGAACGCGACGUUGUGUUUGUCGUGGAAGAAAGCAAAUGUUUGGAAAGUCAGAAAGACAAAGUAGAAAAACUCGCACAAAGGAUCAGUCGCGAACAGCGGUACGUGAACUGCGCAAUGACAUAUCAAAGAACUAGAGAAGAGAGGGCCAAGAAAAGAAAAUAA